UUCCCAGUGUCUUCUUGGACAACCAUUUCCAGCGUCCAUCUCAAUCUCCUUGUCUUCUCAUCCUCCGACGAAGAUGACGAUGAAAAGUCCUUUCAAGAUCAUCACCAGAUCCAUAGCCACACUCUCCAUUACAAGAUCCGGAAGGCCCAUCUCCUCCAAUCAUCAAACCCUAACCCGAAUCCCAAACAAGAUCUCUUCCAUUCAUCGAUGCCAGCAUCAGCUCCAGAUCUUCAGAAAUCUCCUCUUACAGACCGCUUCCUCCGAUUCCGUGAGAAUGGAGAGACUCUCCGAUUCCGAUUCUGGGAUUGUUGAAGUGAAAUUGGAUAGACCUGAAGCUAAAAAUGCGAUCGGGAAAGAUAUGUUGAGAGGUCUGCAGAACGCUUUCGAGUCUUUAAGUCGAGAUUCUUCGGCAAAUGUUUUAAUGAUCUCCAGCUCAGUUCCUCGGGUGUUCUGUGCAGGCGCUGAUCUGAAGGAGCGCAGGUUGAUGAGUCCUUCUGAAGUCCAGUUUUUCGUCAACUCUUUGCGUUCAACAUUCUCAUUCUUAGAGGCACUUUGUGUCCCGACUGUUGCUGUUAUUGAAGGUGCCGCAUUGGGUGGUGGACUGGAAAUGGUUCUCUCCUGUGAUCUUCGAAUAUGUGGAGAGGAUGCGGUUUUUAGCAUGCCAGAAACUGGACUUGCUAUAAUUCCUGGUGCUGGUGGGACUCAACGCCUUCCAAGAGUGGUUGGAAAAGCAGCAGCCAAGGAACUUAUAUUCACGGGUCGGAAGAUUGAUGGCAAAGAUGCAAUGUCAAUGGGUCUUGUCAACUAUUGUGUUCCGGCUGGGGGAGCUUAUUUAAAAGCUCUUCAAAUUGCCCGUGAUAUAAAUCAGAAGCCACAGCUAAUUGAAGAAUACUACCUUCAUGGCUUUCCAUGAAGCACACACCACAACAUCUCUCGUACAUGCCCUACUUGUGCACAUUGAUCAGGACAAUUUGGUGGGCCAUAGGUUGCAUUGCUGAAAGCAAGGCGAUUAGAAGGGUCCACAUAGUUAGAGAGGGAGGGAGGGUCCACAUUCUCCAAGCAAGGGGGUGGUUGCUCGUGUGUUUGUGUUUUGGCAAGCCAUCUGCCUGUGCUGCCUGUUCUUUGAAGCUGUGAUUUAGCAUUUUGAUUAAACAGUCCAUUUAAUCCUCUGUUGUGGACCCUUGCUUUUUUUAUGUUGUAUUUUCUCUUUUGGGGUUAUUAUCUUCUGUUGGUGCAGUUGUGGUUGUUUGUUCUGUCAGGCUGUUUGGCCCGUUUUCUAUUAAAACUUUUGUUGCUUGGUCACCAAAAAAAGAAACAGAAAAAAAAAAAACAAACCAGUUUAGGGAGGGUCUUCUCCAAGUUGGAGAGGGAGGGAAGGAGGAUUCACAUUCUCAAGAGUUAGGGAGGGAGGAAUCACAUUCUCAAGAGUUGGUAAGGGAGGGAGGGCCAGUUCACAUUCUCACAGUUAGGGAGGUCAAUGUCCCCUGAGUUCUGGGGUGGUUCAUAAUCCAUCCAUAUGGUGGGUCACCAGAUAAAACAGUCCUUGACUCCUAAUCACACAUUGUGAACCAGGACUUGGCUUGUGACUCUAUCAAUCUCUAGGAUCGGUUGACCUGGAACUCAAUGGGUCAACUAGGUGGGCCAAGAAAAUAUUUUUUAUUUUAUUAUAUGCAAUAUUUACUGUAAAUAUAUUAUUUUUCUUCUUCUUUCUAUUUCUUGGAUCACAUCAUCAGGCAAACCAGACCGAUCCUGAGUCCACCAUGAAACUGGGUUGAGUCAUGCUGAAACCAGCAAGGACACGGUUUUCUUAACUACCAAAAGACGAGAAAAAAGAAAAAAGAAACACACACAAAAAGAUUUCCCAACUACCGUUCAAAAAAAAAAAAGAA